GUAAUCACCACCCGCCCAUAGUUUGAUACUAUUCUCUCUCCUUUUUCUUUCUCUUUUAAAGUUCGAAAGAAAUUAAAGAGAGAAUAAAGUUUAAGGAGAGAGAAUAGUUGAUAUAUAAAAAUGGCAGUUUCAUUCGGGGUGAUCUUAUUCCUUGGUCUUAUCUUUGCAUCUUUAUUAUCAAUGGUUUGUUCGCAAUCCAUUGCUCCAGCACCUGCUCCCACGAGUGAUGGCACAUCAAUUGACCAAGCAAUAGCAUAUGUUCUAAUGUUCUUGGCCUUGGUUCUCACUUACAUCAUGCAUUAAGGCAUCAAACAUUGGACUAUAAUUCAAGGACAUGUAAAAUGUAAUAGGAGGAAGGAAUAUGUUAUAAUUCGACUAUUGCAAAUUUGAAUAAAUUCCAUUUUCUCCUUGGAUA